UAUUCGCAUAAAUCAAAGAAACUAUAACUCUUGAAAAUGUCUGGACGCGGUGGCGGAAAAGGUGCCGGAAAGGUCCGUGCAAAGUCGAAGAGCCGCUCCUCCCGGGCCGGGCUGCAGUUCCCGGUGGGCCGUGUUCACAGGCUGCUGAGGAAGGGCAACUACGGGGAGAGAGUGGGCGCCGGGGCUCCGGUGUACCUGGCGGCCGUGCUGGAGUACCUGACGGCGGAGGUCCUGGAGCUGGCCGGUAACGCCGCCCGGGACAACAAGAAGACCCGCAUCAUCCCCAGACACCUGCAGCUGGCGGUCCGCAACGACGAGGAGCUCAACAAGCUGCUGGGGGGAGUCACCAUCGCUCAGGGCGGAGUGCUGCCCAACAUCCAGGCCGUGCUGCUGCCCAAGAAGACCGAGAAGAACACCAAGAACAAGCCCAGCAAGAAGAGGACCAGCACUGGGAAACCCCCCAGAAAGACCGUCAGACCCAAGAAGAGCGGCGCUGGCCGGAAGGCCACGCCCACCAAGAGAUCCAGGGCCAAGACCAGCAGCAAGAAGUAAAACCACCAGAAACCAACAGCAACGGCUCUUUUCAGAGCCACCACAGGUCCCUCUGAAGAGCUGCAGACCACCUGUAGACCACCGAGAACCACCUGUAGACCACCGAGAACCACCUGUAGACCACCGAGAACCACCUGUAGACCACCAGCAACACCAAGAACCCCCUGUAGACCACCAAAAACACCGGGAUCCACCUGUAGCCUGACAACCACCAACAUCUGAUAACGUUCCACUGGAAGAUUUCAGGUGAGAGCUGUUAUUGUGUUCCACAUUUUUAAUGCUUUCUCUUCAGUGCAGCAGAAGAAUUAAAUUAUGUAAAUCAAUAGUAAUGUGUAAUGUGUAGAAAUGUGUACAUAGUUAAAAGAGCAGGUUUUCUGUCUGUCCUCGAUCAGCAAAGCUAUUUGUUUUAACUUUGUGGAAUAUUUUCAUGAAUCUUGUUUUUCUACUUUUUGUGAAUUUGUAAAAAACUUUUAUAAAAGAAUACAAAAAAAUUUAAAUUUCAAAAGCUUUCCCUCCAAUGGCGGAGCAGCUAUAUGGCGCGCUGCUCCGAUAUGGACCAAUCAGAGCUCAGCUCGGUCGACGCUCCGCCCACAUUCUCCCGCCAGGUGUGACUUUGACCAAUGAGUGAGCAGCCGCACCUGCUUGGGAGAGGUUCCUCAGAAGAAAACUGCUUUUCAGCUGCUUUUUCGGUAAAAUGGCGCAAAGACGCCUAAUUUCCUGUUAAAUUUGGACUCUUCUUUUUUUUUUUUAACUGUUUUUAGAGACUAAAGUUCUCUACAUGCAGCAUAUUAAUCCUGCAGAAGAAGAAGAAGUUUGUGUCACACUUGAUCUGCAGUGAAGGUGAAAACCUCGGUUUUUCUGAACAUGUAUAUUUGGAAUAAAUGUUGACGUUGAUUUUCAUUAAAUGUCCUG